UUACUUCUGGUGGGCCUCGGAGCGCCCUGGUUCCACUCCUCCGCUGCCGCCGCCCUAGCGGCCCUCAUUUCUGUCCUCCUCAGGGCCACCGGCGCGGCGGUAGCCUCGGUGCCCGGGACCUCUCCCCGCUCCCCUCCCCCCGGCCCCGUCGCCCCGCCCCCGCCGGGCUGGGCUGCAGGGUCAGGGGCCGAGCGGAGCGGUUAUUUAACAUGGAAGAAGAUGAGUUCUUUGGAGAAAAAACAUUCCAGCAUUAUUGUGCAGAAUUCAUUAAACAUUCGCAGCAGAUAGGUGAUGGUUGGGAAUGGAGAAUGUCAAAGGACUGUUCUGAUGGCUACAUGUGCAAAACACACUUUAAAAUAAAAAAUGGGACUGUGGUAUCACAUCCAGGAACAUCUGGCCACGGACAGACAUGUCUUCCCUUGGAGGAGGCUUUAGAGCUACCCUCGGAUGAUUUUGAAGUGACUGAGACGGCAGCGGCGUCCGAAGUGAUUAAAUAUGAGUAUCAUGUCUUAUAUUCCUGCAGCUACCAAGUGCCUGUACUUUACUUUAGGGCAAGCUUUUUAGAUGGGAGACCUUUAACUCUCAAGGACAUAUGGGAAGAAGUCCAUGAAUGCUAUAAGACGCGGCUGCUACAGGGACCAUGGGACACUAUCACUCAGCAGAUAGUGUUCUUUGCUUCACAGAAGUUUUUAAUGGAACAUCCAAUCCUUGGGCAGCCCUUUUUUGUGCUUCAUCCCUGCAAGACGAAUGAAUUCAUGACUCCUGUAUUAAAGAAUUCUCAGAAAAUCAAUAGGAGCAUCAACUACAUCACGUCAUGGCUGAGCAUUGUAGGGCCAGUUGUUGGGCUGAAUCUACCUCUGAGUUAUGCCAAGGCCACCUCUCAGGAUGAAGGGAAUGUUGAUUGACAAAGAUUCUUCUAUUGAGCUUAGAAAUUUUGCAACAUGAAGCAUGCCAGAAGUUUACCUGUACAGCCCUGGUUUUAAUAAGACUAAUGCUAUGCAUUAUUUCAUCUCACCAAGAUUUGACUUGGAUUAUUUUUCCCUUGGAAGCAAAUGUCUGCAGCAACUGGUAUUUGAUAUACUGAAUGUUUAGAAAAAACACUUCAAAGAUACAACUUGCUAUAAAUAGCAAAAAAUGAAUCUAAUUCUGUAAUACGAGAAAUACUGACAUCAUUAGGGCACUAAUGGUCAUUUUUUUCUAGGCCAAGCACUUCCUUUCCCUUUUUCUGACAUGGAGAUUGAUUGAGAAAUGUAUUUGUUUAUUCAUUUUAGUGUAAGGCGCAUGGAAAUUAAAAUACAGGAUUUACAUGUCCCUGAAAUCAGUGUUAAAAAUAUGACCUAUCUUAUUUUUCCACAAUCAAACUCAGGAACAAUAGAUUAUUUCUGUUUUCCUCCGUGUGUGUGUGUGUGUGUGUGUGUGUGUGUGUGUGUGUGUGUGUACAUAGAUAGAUACAGAAUAAAGAAAAAACAAUAAAUAUUUUAUCGUGAGAUAAUAUGUUUUUACAAGCAAAGUAUGGCAUAGUAACUGGAUAGGAAAUGUUUAAACAUCAAAAAUUCUUUUUUCCUAUAGUAAUAAAACAAUAGUCAUUUUGUCCCUCUUCUUGUCAAACCAACAACUGCUCUACUCUACUAUCUGAAGGAUCUUGAGCAAAUCUUCAUGCCCCUGAGACUUACUUUCUUCAUCUUUAAUUUGGGAAUAACAAGCUACAUCAUAGGGCUGCCAUGAGAACCACAUGAGAUUGUUAAUGCAUGAGAAAACAUUGUAAAGUAUAAUGUUUCUUAAAUGCACACCUUGUAUGUAAUUGUUAUUCACUCAGUUUGUAAAUAACUUUAACAACCAGUAAAGUAUAAAGAUAAACCUAAUCUGGAAGAA